AUGUGGUUUUCCAAAUCAAACUUCCCGACAGAAGGCAAAACCGCUCUUAUAAUCGGCGCCUCACAAGGACUAGGAGCAGAAUUAGCAUUACAACUCUAUAAAAAAAAUUGUUCAAUAAUUCUCGUUGCCCGUACCCAAACCAAACUCGAAUCCCAAAUCCAAAGAAUCAAACAAGCAGCCCCGGAAAGCAAGGCACAAUUUUUGACAUAUAUAGUCAAUGAUGCAUCCAAUUAUGAAUCCUGUGUCGAAUUAUGGAAGGAGAUUGUGGAAAUCCGUCAAUUGGAUCCUGAUAUUAUCUUUUGUUGUGCUGGUAGUUCUGUGCCGAAACUAUUUGCUGAUUUGACGGGGAGGGAUAUCAAACAAGGAGUGGAGACUAAUUAUUAUACGGCCGUAUAUCCGAUCCAUGCGGGGUUUAAGGCGGUUUUGGCGCUGAAUCCAGGAUUGAAAUGUUAUGAAUAUAAGAAGAGACAAAUUAUUUUGUUUAGUUCCGUGGUUGGGUUUUACCCAUUUAUUGGAUAUUUACAAUAUGCCCCCGUUAAAGCCGCGUUGGAAUCUUUGUCGAUUAUUUUGAGACAAGAAUUGGGGCCAUAUAAUUAUAGAGUCUCGUGCGUAUUUCCUGGGAAUUUCAUGAGUGAAGGGUUUUUGGAGGAACAGAAGACAAAACCCGAGAUUACAAAAAAGAUUGAGGGUCCCAGUGAGGCCAUUCCAGGUGAUGUUUGUGCUGGGAUGAUUAUUGAUCAGUUGAGUAAAGGGUAUGAUACUGUGACUACUGAUUUUAUUGGAUGGGUGCUUGGGUGUUCGGUGUUGGGAGUUUUGCCUAGACAAUGGGGGUUCUUUCAGGUGAUUGUGAGUUUUUUGUUUCUGAUUAUUGCUCCGAUUGCUAAUUGGGUGGUUUAUAGAGAUGUGGUUGCAUUCUUUAGAAAGAGGGAAGAGAAUGAAAGUGAAGAUACAAAGAAAGAUGAUUAG